AUGUCAUCUGGUUCGAAGUAAUUAGUAUUUCCUCCUAUCGGUAAAUAAAUAGAAGAUUUACAACAUCAAUUAAAAGAGUCUGUUCAAUAAUACAAGGCUGAUAGAUAUAUGGAAUAUAAAGAAAUAAAGAAGAAGAGAUUGAAAGAAAUUAAUGAACAAAAUAAAUACAAGAUUUUUCAUAGAAAAGGUAAGAGUAUUUACUUAUUAAAAUUAGUUUUUAAUUCUUAGAGUAAAUAAUAUGGAGGUAUAUUUGAGAAAGAGAAAGAUAUAUAUUUAUGUAAGGAACCUUUAAUAGAUGAUUAUCUAAAAUAUCACAUUAUAGAGCCAUAAAGAAAUUUAGAGAAAGGUCUAAUUGAGAGUAAAUAAUCAUUUUAAAAGUAGUUAAAACUGGGACAAAAGAGUUUUUUGAUGGCAGUUGUUUUGGUGAAGUACCUUUAUAAAAAUUAGGAGAAAAAGAAAGAAAAUUAAGAGAAUUUUGGAUAAAAGAAGGAGAAAGAUAAGCAAAGAUCAGAUAUAAGGCAUUAAUAGAUUCGCAAACAGGAGUAUAAAAAAAAUUAAAUCAAUCAAAAAGAUUAAAAGAAUUAUAGGUUUUUAUUCCAAAUAAAUUCACUCUCGAUUUAUUUGAUGAACAUCCAUCAUAAAUUUUAGCAUUAACGUAAUUAAUAUAUAAAUAAAUUAAUUAGAUAAUUACAUUAACAUUCAAAAACAAUGAAAUGGAAACCAAAUAGUUUUUAUGGAGAAGUAUUCGAUAAUAGUUUCUGCAAAUUAUCUGAUUAAAACAAAUCUAUAUUAAAAGAUAUUGAAAAGACAGAUUAAUAAGAAUGA